AGAAGUGGAGCAAGUCCUGGGACAAGCACAGAAAAAGGGCCUGAGCCUGAAAAAGUGAUGUCCAGAGCAGCAGCAGUCAUAUUGUGACUAUGAAGCACCAAGGAUGAGGACAUCAGGCAACACACUAAGGCUGGCAGAGCAGAAGGGAAGACAGCCUGGAUCCCUGGGGCAUUACCAAGCAGCUAAAACAAUCUCAGUAACUCCUUACCUUCAGAGUUUCCACGUAGAUUAAAUAUGGCGACUGAAAAUAAAUCAAGAGACAAAGUGCUCGCGCAUCCCAUGACCUCCCCACCGGCAAGAAAGAGGAGAAACAGGCGUGAGCAAGCAGCGCUGGUUGGCGCAGAGAGAGAAGUACCAGGCACCCAGCACAGGCCGGAAGUCGGGGUAGAGGGCCGCGCCAGCUUCAGGCGUCACUUCUCACGCGACUUUCUGCGGGAAACAUGGCGGCACUGAGCGGUGUCCGCUGGCUGACCCGAGCGUUGGUCUCCGCCGGGAACCCUGGGGCAUGGAGAGGUCUGAGUACCUCGGCCGCGGCGCACGCUGCAUCGCGGAGCCAGGCCGAGGACGUGAGGGUGGAGGGCUCCUUUCCCGUGACCAUGCUUCCGGGAGACGGUGUGGGACCUGAGCUGAUGCACGCCGUCAAGGAGGUGUUCAAGGCUGCCGCUGUCCCAGUGGAGUUCCAGGAGCACCACCUGAGUGAGGUGCAGAAUAUGGCAUCUGAGGAGAAGCUGGAGCAGGUGCUGAGUUCCAUGAAGGAGAAUAAAGUGGCCAUCAUUGGAAAGAUUCAUACCCCGAUGGAGUAUAAGGGGGAGCUAGCCUCCUAUGAUAUGCGGCUGAGGCGUAAGUUGGACUUGUUUGCCAACGUAGUCCAUGUGAAGUCACUUCCUGGGUAUAUGACUCGGCACAACAAUCUAGACCUGGUGAUCAUUCGAGAGCAGACCGAAGGGGAGUACAGCUCUCUGGAACAUGAGAGUGCAAGGGGUGUGAUUGAGUGUUUGAAGAUUGUCACACGAGCCAAGUCUCAGCGGAUUGCAAAGUUCGCCUUUGACUAUGCCACCAAGAAAGGGCGGAGCAAGGUCACUGCUGUCCACAAGGCCAACAUCAUGAAACUUGGGGAUGGGUUGUUCCUGCAGUGCUGCGAGGAAGUUGCUGAACUGUACCCCAAAAUCAAAUUUGAGACAAUGAUCAUAGACAACUGCUGCAUGCAGCUGGUGCAGAAUCCUUACCAGUUUGAUGUGCUCGUGAUGCCCAAUCUCUAUGGGAACAUUAUUGACAAUCUGGCUGCUGGCCUGGUUGGGGGAGCUGGUGUGGUCCCUGGUGAGAGCUAUAGUGCAGAAUAUGCAGUCUUUGAGACGGGUGCCCGGCACCCAUUUGCCCAGGCAGUGGGCAGGAAUAUAGCCAAUCCCACAGCCAUGCUGCUGUCGGCUUCCAACAUGUUGCGGCAUCUCAAUCUUGAGUAUCACUCCAACAUGAUUGCAGAUGCAGUGAAGAAGGUGAUCAAAGUUGGCAAGGUGCGGACUCGAGACAUGGGCGGCUACAGCACCACAACCGACUUCAUCAAGUCUGUCAUCGGUCACCUGCACCCCCAUGGGAGCUAGAGCCCUUUAUUUCUUCCAGCCUUGCAAGGACCACACUCCCCAUACCCUUCAGUGCAGUGCACCAGGGAAGAGACCUUGUGCCUCUAGGCAGUGGACCAUGGUCACCUUGCUGGGUAGAGCCUAGGUUGUCCUUGGGCCCGCUUCCUUAGGGGAGACUGUUGGGUGGUGAUGGGAAUUGUUAGGCUGGAACCCAGGCCACAUGGAUGAUGAUGAUUCUCCCCCACAGGUUCGAACCUCUGACAUGGGUGGCUAUGCUACUUGCCAUGACUUCACUGAGGCUGUCAUUGCUGCCUUGCCCCACCCAUAGGCCUUGUCCAUACUCAUGUAAGGUGUCCAAUAAAGAACAUGAACCAA